GUGCGAUGGCGUUUCCUGACCGCUGCCGCUCACCCUCCAGAACAUGAAGCACGUCUUGACACCGUCGCGCCCGACGCUAAACCCCGUGCCACGAUCGUAUACUAGUUUAUAUAAUCUUUGCCUAUACCGACGACGCAUUAUCUAUAUCCCCACGCCAUUCGAGAUCAGCCCCCCGAUCGGAUUUACCAGCAGUUCCUCCCACGACACCUUCACGAGAUCAUAAUUAACUCCCUCACUUUUUUGUCACCAUAAAUUCGAUUUCGAUCUCAUUAAUGCUUUCCCUCCUUCCCCCUAUUUCCCUCUUCGGCAACCGCUUCAGGUGACAGUCCGUCCGUUUUCUCUUUCGCCACGUCCCCUCCCCAAGCCACGUCCCCUCCCCAAGCAACGGUUCAUAAGUCAGAAGCAUGUCGCAUCGAAACAGUGAUCAAUCCGGAGGGCGGCGCAGCUCCGAGAGCUCAGGGGCGCACAGCUGGUUGUCGCAAGAGACUGUUAGAGAAGGUCGAACCCACCAACCCCAGCAUAAUCAUGAACCUUCGAACGCGCGCAGUGUUUCUCCAUUAUCGGGAUUCAGAGAUACGGACAGGUAGGCAAUAUUAUCCUCCCCGCUCUUCCUUCCCUCAUAUUACUUCUGGUCGGAGGCUACAGAUUUAGCCGUCGUGUGGCUGUCGUUACUUUUGGCGAAGGAGAACGGAUGGUGGCUGCCGUUGCCACGUGCAAUGCUGGCUUGUCUUCGGCAUCUCUCAUAGAUAUGUCCUACCAUGUCCGUCGUUAUGUGUCUGGAAUCCUACUUCACUCACCGUAUUGGUGAAUGCUGCCAUUCUGUUCCUGGGUUGUGCUGCCCCAGUCACUGCACGCAUAGCGCUAUCUGAUGGGAUGAUUGAAAGCUACAGAAAGCGAUGGGCUCAUGAUGACUUUCAAUUCUGGUUACACUUUACUGACAUACUACCAGACCAGAUGCACAGACUUGCACAUCACCAAC